AUGAUGACCAGGAGAAUGUUGUCUGAAGAAAAGAGCAAGAAGAUGGAAGCUGAGCUCAAUGAACUGAGGGCACUGACAGAUAGGCUUCUUGAAGAACGCGAUGUAUAUGAAAUGGAAAUGCAGGCGCUCAAGACUUCACGAAUGACAUUAAAAGGGAAAUUUGAUGAAAUUCGACUAUUUUGUGAAGAAUUAGAAAAAGAGUGCAAACGAAAGGAAUUAAUUAUAGAGAGCUUCCGAGAAAAUCAACAGGAACACGAAGAUGCCUUAGACCGUAUCACGUUUCUUGAAAGACAGGUAAAGGAAUCAAAUGCUGAAGUUGCAUCAUUACACGAACAAAGCGGAAGUUACGACCACCUAACGACCUUGUCACUCCGUGAUGAACUAGCUCUGGGAGACAGGAAUGUAUGCAACAGUAAAUUAUGCAGCACUAAAUCGCAAGACCCAAGAUUUUCCAAAUUAACCAACCUGAUAAGAAAGAAAUCGAAAACUCUUAAGAAACUAAAAUCAGAAAAAUUAAAUUUACACAAGGACAAGGUGAAGAUGGCCGAACAAGUGAAAGAUCUAGAGUUAGAUCUUCAAUCGCGAACUAAAGACCUACUUUCUACGCAGAAACAACUAGAAGAACUUUCAGCUGCAACUAAUGAGCUUUUAAAGCUGGGCACUGAGUAUAGAGAACUUACUCAAGUCCUUCUUCACGAUGAGCUUAGUGAAACAAAUGGUCCAGUAGAAACAAAUCAGACUCCGUCCCCACCACCCACAUCAUCAACGCAACCAACACGUUUAUCGUAUGCCAGCGUUGCUGCAGGAAAACGUGUCUGCUCCACUACAACUGUUGAAGUUCGACACAGUCAACGGUCAACCAAGACUAUUAGAACUCCGACCAGGCCAUCCAGAAGAACGGUAGUUUUUUCUGAUAAAAUAGGCGUAGGACUAGGCCCACCACCUUAG